AUGUCUUUCGACUGGACUCACCAGUUCUGCCUCGCCUGCGACAAGCAGACCGAUGGCGCCACAUACUGCUCGGAAUCGUGCCGGCUAGCCGACUAUGAGAAGACAGCAUCACCUUCGGGCUCUGGCCCAUGCUCUCCGGCACUGAAUGCACCGCUACCCUCCGAGUGGUCCUUCGCCAGGCCAACGACGAGCACCAAGUUCUACCUCUCGCCGGCAUACGACUUCAGCAACCCACAGCCGAGCAACCGAUUAUCGCACCAAGCGCUCUCGCCGUCGACGUCGCACACCAGCCUCUGCUCCAUCAGAACCACGUCAUCCACGGGCCUCGACGGAGGCUAUCUGUCCGAGAAGGCAGCGAGGGAGCUUCGAGCAUACGCUAAGCCGUUCGAAUCUGUCCGGCUCCAACGCAGACGAUCAUACUAG